AUGUGCCCGUCUUGAGGGUCUGCCCGAUGAUUUGCCUGAAUGAAAACACAGGACCGACGCAACUGUCAGUGAAUCCGUGUUUUGUGGAGAUUAUAUAAAAUAAAUCCAGCCUCAGAUUUCCUCUGUGCUGGUUCUUCUCGGGAGUAAAGGGUGUAAAUCUUCGAUCAGGGCUGCGCGUGCUGGACGUGACACAGCAGCAUGGACCCACGCAAAGUGACAGAGCUCAAGAGCUUCGUGCAGCUCUGCGAGUCCAACCCCGGGAUCCUGCACCUCCCGGAGAUGGGCUUCUUCCGGACCUGGCUCCUGAACAUGGGCGCAACACUCCCUCCUCAACCUAAGACAGAGGACUCAUGCCGGGGUGGAUGUCCUUGUGGUCCUCCCCCGACAGCAGCAGCAGCUCCUGAACCUGAAGUUCCAACGGAGAGCGAGGAGAGUGAAAUAGAAAUCGACAACGAGGGCGUGAUCGAGCCGGACACCGAUGAGCCGCAGGAGAUGGGCGAGAUGGAAAACGCUGAGGUCACAGAGGAGAUGAUGGAUCAGGCCAACGAGAAGAAGAUGGAGGCCAUUAACGCUUUAGGAGAAGGUGAUCUGCAGAAAGCUCUGGAUCUCUUCACCGAGGCCAUCAAGCUGAACCCCUGUCUAGCCAUCCUCUACGCCAAGAGAGCCAGUGUCUUCAUCAAGAUGCAGAAACCCAACGCCGCCAUCAGAGACUGUGACAGAGCCAUCAGCAUCAACCCAGACUCUGCACAGCCGUACAAGUGGAGGGGGAAAGCUCACCGGCUGCUCGGUCACUGGGAGGAGGCGGCCAAGGAUCUGGCCACGGCCUGUAAACUGGACUACGACGAGGACGCCAGCGCCAUGCUGAAGGAGGUCCAGCCCAAGGCUAACAAGAUCAUCGAGCAUAGACGCAAAUAUGAGCGCAAGAGAGAGGAGAAGGAGAUCAGGGAGAAACAGGAGAGGGUGAAGAAGGCCAGAGAGGAGCAUGCACGAGCUCAGAGGCAGGAAGAGGAAGCGCGGCAGUCAGGAGGAGGUGGAGGAGGAGGAGGAGGAUUCUUCCCAGGCGCUGCUGGAUUCCCCGGAGGGAUGCCUGGAGGGAUGCCCGGAGGGAUGCCCGGAGGGAUGCCCGGUCUGGGUGAACUCCUGAAGGACCCGGAGCUGCUCAACGCCAUGAAGGACCCGGAGGUGAUGACCGCCUUCCAGGAUGUGGCCCAGAACCCGGCCAACAUCUCCAAGUACCAGAACAACCCCAAAAUCAUGGCCCUCGUCACCAAGCUCAGCGCCAAGUUCGGUGCCCCCCCACAGCCGUAGACGGUGGGGGGGGGGGGAUGAAACAGUUAUUCACUGUGUGUAGUUUAAAGUGAUGAUGGAGGAGGAGGAGGAGCGCUCUGGUGGAGGGGAAAGCUGGGAAACCUUUUUAAAUGUUAAAUGAGCCUGUUAGCACUUAGCAGCAUCUCAACAGCCCCGACGGUUCCAGGAGUCGGAACCUCUUUACUCUUAGACGAGUCUCAGCCGGGACGUUAACAGAACCGCAGGCUGACGUUUCUCAAAAAAUAUUUCUACUACACUCAUUUAAUACGUCUCUUUUCUGUGGACUCGACCGUCGGCACUUAUCAGACGCUUUUGAUGUCUAACCAUGGUGGAAAAAUGAUUCACAAUAAUAAAAAAGAAGAAGAAAGAAACGGGUCCAGUUAUUCCCUGUUACUAUCAAUGUAUCAUUAAACUGAGAGAAUCUGGUUUGUUUAACAGAAUGUGAAAUAUUUCUACUGACGACGCAUCAAAAUGGUAAAUUUUAGCAUCAAGUCGACAACUUUUACACUGAUUCUCAAAAGGAUUUCUGCUUUUUUCAGGUUCAUAAACUCUAACCAAGCUGCUUCAA